UAUACGUAAGCGUCAAAUCGUUUAACGCGAGUUGCAACAGUAGUUCAAUACAAUUUCACUCUAACAAACGUUCCCGUGCCGGUUCUAUCACAAUUCACAAGGUAUAUCCUAAAUACGCUAAUUUUGCUCUCCAUUUCCGUGCUACUGUACGUUUACUGGUUCUUAAAAAAAUCCCAUAAGUUUUUCGAUCAAUAUAACAUACCGUAUGCUAAACCGCAUUGGCUUUUCGGUCACGCCAAGGAUCUGGCCUUGAUGAAGAAACCAUUAUGGGACUUGUACAAAGACAUAUACGAGAAACAUGCUUCGAACCGAUUCGUCGGAAUGUACAACAUACAUAAACCCACGGUGCUGAUACGAGAUCCGGAAUUGUUCAAAAUGAUAUUAGUUAAAGAUUUUUCCUAUUUUCAAGAUCGUGGAAUUUCUCUUAAUAAAGAGGCCGAUCCGAUGUCAACGAAUUUAUUCAACUCAUCAGGUAAACAUGUUUAUACACUUCGCGGCCCAACCCCCGGCGGAGAGCUUCGCUCACCCCCUUCAUUGUACACUUGCUCAUCAUUUAAAGAGCAUUAUUGGACAUAUUUUUUUGGCUCGAGCUUUCAUAAUGAAAUUCAUCUGCAAUUGCGAAGUAAUUUGAUGCAAUCUUCUCAAACUAGGCAUAUUUACCUAUCAUUUAAGCCCUCGAUGACCAAUAAUGGUCAAUUUGGUGAAAACUGUGAAAAAAUCAGGGGUGCUAACCGUAACCGCAAAAAACCGAUGAAAUUGAUGUUUCCUUUGCUGAAAAAAUGCGCCGAAGACAUUAAACCAGCAUUAAUGAAAUACUACGAACAAGGCGAGGAUUUCGAGGCGAAAGACCUCAGUGCAAGAUUCGGAACAGACGUUAUAGGCAGUUGUGCAUUUGGAGUAGACACUCAUUCGUUACUGGAUCCCGAAUCUGAAUUUCGCAAUGUAGGCCGAUUGAUGACCAAACCGAGAUGGCAGCUCAUAUUUCGGAUGCUUUUUCCAAACCUACCAACAAAGGUAAUAAAACUCUUCAAGCUAUUCUUUUUCAAUGAAGAGAUGUGCAAUUACUUUGAAAAAAUCGUCAAAGACUUGGUCAAGUACAGAGAAGAAAACAACGUCACUCGAGGUGAUUUUCUCGACAUACUAAUUGCCUUGAAAAACCAAAAGGAACGAGAAAAACUCGAAGAUCAACAAGCCGAGGCCGAUUUGGCCAAAUUUAUGGCUCAAAUAGGCAAUAAAAAAACAAUCAAGAGUGAUGUCGAAAUGUCCAUCGAAUUGAUGGCCGCUCAGUGCUUCAUAUUUUUCGUGGCAGGAUUCGAAGGCUCCUCAAACACAAUAAUGUUUGCUUUGUUUUACCUAGCUGAAAAUCCACACAUUCAAAAUAAACUCCGCCAAGAAAUAUUAUCCGCACUGGAAACCAACGGGGGUGAACUCUCCUAUGAGAUGAUGAGAAAUAUUCCAUACUUGAAUAUGGUCAUCGAAGAAACCUUCAGAAAGAUUCCGGCAGGAGCAGUUCUUUUUCGCUCAUGCACCGAAAACUACAAAAUACCGGAAUCGAAUGCGGUGAUAAAAAAAGGCACUCAAGUAAUAAUUCCUCUCCUAGCACUACACAACGAUAGAAAAUACUUCGAGAAACCAGAGGAAUUCUAUCCCGAGCAUUUCUCUUCGGAGGCAAAACUCAAUCGACAUAAUUUCGCGUUUCUACCAUUCGGUGAAGGCCCUCGAGUUUGUAUUGCUGAAAGAUUUGGCAGAAUGCAAGUUAUCGUUGGAUUAAUUUACUUAUUGAAGGAUUUCUCCUUUGAGCUAUCCCCAAAGACAAAGGUCCCAUUGGAGUUAGAAACUACAGGAGGCGUAGCAGUAAAAGGAGGAAUGUGGAUGAAAUGUCGACCAUUGUAAUUUAUUACGCGAGUUUUACAAGUUUUCGUCUUUCAUUUUUGCAAUUUUCGUUGAAAUACAUGAAACACAUCAUAAA